UAAAUUGCAUUUAUGUUUCAUCACGAAACACGAAAGAGAACUAUAUGUUUCAUGUUUCGUGACGCGCAACUUGCGUUAAAAAGUGCAUUUAAACUUUAGUGGUAGGAUUCAAGUGGUGGUAAAGUUCAAUAAAAAUCCUUAAAAAAUGAGUAUUCUAGCUUACAAUGGUGGAGCUAUUAUAGCAAUGCAGGGGAAAAAUUGUGUGGCAAUAGCUGCUGAUCGUAGAUUUGGUAUACAAGCACAGACCAUAACAUGUGACUUUCAAAAAAUCUUUGAAAUGGGACCACACUUGUAUGUGAGUCUGCCUGGUCUUGCAACUGAUACUCAAACAGUAAUGGAAAAAUUAAGAUUUCGACUAAACCUAUAUGAACUGAAAGAAAAUAGAAAGAUUCACCCUAAAACAUUUGCAUCUAUGGUAUCAAAUUUAUUAUAUGAGAGGAGAUUUGGACCAUAUUUUGUAGAGCCAAUUAUUGCUGGAUUAAGUCCUGUUACUUUUGAACCAUUUAUCUGUAACAUGGACUUGAUAGGCUGCAUAAGUCCAUCCCACGAUUUUGUGGUUGGUGGAACUUGUAGCGAGCAACUUUAUGGAAUGUGUGAAUCACUUUAUGAACCAGAUAUGGAACCAGACGAUCUUUUUGAGACUAUAAGUCAAGCUUUAGUAAAUGCAUGUGAUAGAGAUGCAAUAUCUGGUUGGGGUGCUAUUGUAUAUGUAAUAGAAAAAGACAAAGUUACUACAAGGAAUGUCAAAACACGAAUGGACUAAAAUAUCCUUAAAGCUUAUGUUAAUAUUAUGCAUAAAUUUCUCACAUGUAACCUCUCAUUGAGAUACACAUUUUGUUUAAAUAAAUCAGUAAAUCUUGUAAA